AGCGGUCGCCUACGAAAUCCUGACGCUUUCGCCAAGUACGAUUGUAAAACCAUCGCAUAGUUCCGGAACUAGUGGGUCGCCUGACAGCGCUAAUUCAGUUCAAUAAAUCCCCAGGCAGUCGAUUGUUAUAUAUCGAUCAUAUGGUCAACGUUGCUAUUGGCGUGUUGACCAACAAAUAUCUGUAAGAAGAGCUAGUUGUUCUUGUAGUUGGGGUCAGGUGAACAUAACAUGCUGGCACCACAGGCAGAUCAGGUGAGGACACUCGAAAAAUGGGAGAAAAACUGGCAGGAGGACAAAAUUGGUUUCCAUCAGCCUCAUGUAAACAAGGUGCUGGAGAACAAUAUUCAUAAAGUUCUCGCCGGACGAACAGGGGUUAGCUUCUUCUUCCCCCUCUGUGGGAAAGCUGUAGAUAUGAAGUGGCUAGCAGACAUGGGCCAUUCUGUGGUUGGGGUGGAAAUAUCUGAGAAGGCUAUAAAACAGUUCUUUGAGGAGAACAACUUGACCUACAGUGAAGAGCCUGUCCCUGCCAUACCUGGCAUGAAGGUUUACAAGAGCUCAGAGAAAAAUAUCUCCUUAUAUAAAUGUGACCUGUUUAAUUUCUCCAGCUCCAUCAGGGGUCAGUUUGGGGCAAUUUGGGACAGGGGAUCUCUAGUGGCCAUCAACCCGAGAGACAGAGAAAAGUAUAGUUCUCUGCUGACUUCUCUGAUGGCCAAAGAUUGCAGAUACCUAGUGGCCACUUUGCUGUACAAUCCUGAACUAUAUAAAGGUCCUCCCUUCUUGGUGCCUGAUGAACAAAUUCACAGUCUGUUUGGGAACAGCUGUGAUAUCGAGCUGCUGCAGUCAGAGGAUGCCAUGACAGACAGACAGCGAGACUGGGGGCUGGACUACUUCACUGAACAUGUACACCUCAUCACUCUAAAGAGCAGCUGAACACUGGCUUGGAAUAGAGUUUAGAAAAGCAGAUGUGGGGCAUUUUAUUGUAAAGUCCUGGGCAUUUUUUUUUUCUUAUUGAGCUCCAUUUCAGGGGAAAUUGAGGGUGCAUGGGAAUAAAAUACCAAGAGAACUUUAAAUUUUAAAAGAAUUGUACCAUUUUAAAUGGCUAACAAAAU